AUGUCCGACUCAGUCUUCAAGAAGCCUUGUGUCCCCCCUUCAAAAGCAACCUCCCGUACCUCAACUCCCGCCACGGAUACCUCUAGCAAUAUGUCUACUGUUACAAAGGCGACUCAAGCUUCCUCUGCCGCUUCUGUCUCCUCUGGGUGCUCUGCACCCUCAGAUCCCCCAAAGUCGACGAAGGAAGAACGAAAGCAAUGGUUCACGAAGACGAUGGCGGAAUUCGACAAGAUGUCCCGUAAGGAACUGAGAGAAAUGCUUAGGAAGGAUGGCCGCAUGGUUGGCAGAGGACCGUCAUACGAUUUCGAGGAGGACAUCGAGUAUGAGCAGAGCUGUAUGAAAGACUAA